AUGGAAGGAAGAAAAAGUGUCGCAAACAAUUCGUCGACUACCUCUGCAGUUAAAGUUCCUACAACUUAUGUCUCACCAUUCUCAAAACCCUUACGACCUCCUAUAAUACCAAAGCAACUUCCUCAUACAAUUCAAGACAAUUUGUCCAACAAUUUGAGUUCUUCUUCUCAAAACACAACAGAUACAGUUGUCCAAACAGCACCAGAACAAGUUUCACAUAGUUCUACAAUUCAAGACAAAUUGUCCAACAAUUUGAGUUCUUCUUCUUCUCAAAACACAACAGAAACAUCUGAAACAGAUUUACAACCAGCACCAGAACAAGUUUCACAUAGUUCUACAAGUAUGUUAACAAGAGCACAAUUUCAAGAUUUAAUUUCUCUUGAACAAUAUUCGAGUAACGAAACACAAACCGACGACUGUAACCUCUCGCUACCCGAAUCCAUUCAAAGAAAAUACGCCAUGAAAAGACUGAAAUUGUU